CUCAUUCACAAAGGCAUGCAUGAUUCUGAUCAUGAACCUGAAGGCCACGAAGACCAGCUUAAAUCCUCACUUACAAAAGAAGAAGGUGGUGAUGCUCCCGAGGGAGGAAGGACGGAAGGUGGAGAUGGCAACUAAGAGCCAGUUUACCCUGAGGCUAUGGGGCCUCAAGAAUCGCUUCAACUCCAUCUUAACCAUGUCCACUGCACUCAUCAUCGUCCUCACCAUCUUCAUCACGAUGAGGAACGGAGACCAGGCUGAGAUCCUUGCCAUGGAAGCCAAGGAGUCGUCGGCCGGGACUUGCGACUUGUUCUCAGGCCAAUGGGUAUAUGACAACACGACGUAUCCCUUGUACUCGGAGAGUGGGUGCAAAUUCAUGUCGGAUCAGUCUGCCUGUGAGAAGUUCGGAAGAAGAGAUCUCAAGUAUCAGAACUGGAGGUGGCAGCCUCAUGGAUGCAACCUACCAAGGUUCAAUGUCACAAAACUGCUGGAGAGGCUAAGGGACAGGCGGCUGGUGUUUGUUGGUGACUCCCUCAACAGAAACCAAUGGAUUUCCAUGGUCUGCCUGCUGGGUGCCUCCCUUCCUGAUUCCCACAAGAUCAUGGUAUCCAAUGGAUCCCUCAUGUCCUUCAAAGCCAAGGAACAUAAUGCAUCGAUUGACUUCUACUGGGCGCCAUUGUUGGUCGAAUCCAAUUCGGAUGAUCCUGUACACCACCGAAUACCAGACAGGGUUGCGAGGGCGCAAUCCAUCGAGAAGCACGCAAGACACUGGACAAAUGCUGAUGUACUGGUCUUCAACACUUAUCUCUGGUGGAGGCGACCAACGAUGAACAUCUUGUGGGGAUCAUUCGAGGACGAACAUGGUAUCCACAAGGAGAUCGACAGCCUCCGUGGCUACGAGCUAGCACUGAACACAUGGUCUGAUUGGCUUGAAUUCCAUGUGGACCAUCUCAAGACGAAGCUGUUCUUCAUGAGCAUGUCGCCUACGCACUCGAGUGGCGAAGAGUGGGGCAGGCCUAGUGGCCAAAACUGCUACCAUGAGACAGAGCCGAUCGCGGAGGAGGGAUACCGGGGCAAAGACACAAAUGAAAACAUGAUGCGGGUAGUUGAGAAGGUAAUCAAGAGUCUGAGAGGCAGGGGUGUGAAUGUACAAAUGCUCAACAUCACGCAGCUCUCAGAAUAUAGAAAAGACGGCCACCCGUCAAUCUACAGGAAGCAGUGGGAGCCACUGACCAAAGAGCAGCAGGAUAACCCCGGCAGCUAUGCUGACUGCAUCCAUUGGUGCCUCCCAGGAGUUCCUGAUGUGUGGAAUCAACUUUUGUAUGCCUACCUUUUUCCCGAGUAGGAAAAGAGAAACCAAUUCUUCUUUUUUUGGCUCAUGUUUCCCAUAAUUUUUGGGCUAACAGGAACCAACAGUUCACCGUGCUUGAA